CUUUUUCACCUCCACCCACCGCAUCAAUGGCUGUUUCAGCCUUCACACCAAUCAUCCGCACCACCCCAUCUCCAUCUUUCACGAUACCCACAUCACCAUAUCUUUCCAGCUUUACAAGAACCAAAAAACUCCAACAUGGGGUUUUAUCUUUACCCCCAGUUGCUGCCCUCUCCGACCCAUUUGUUCUUCAAAUUGCAGAAUCUUUAGAAGAUUCUCUUCCCUCUUCUUCUUCAUCAAGUCUCCAAAAGCUCAGAGAUUUUGCUUCUGAAUCUCUUCUCUCCACUCCAUGGCCUUCUAGAAAAGAUGAGCCUUUUAGGUUCACAGACACUUCUUUCAUCAAGCAAUCGGAGGUUAUACCAGUUUCAUCUUCUCCACCUCCUGAAUCUUUGAACCAUUUAAGCGUAUUCGAAGAUACCCAUUUGCUCAAUUUGACUCUAAUUGAUGGGUAUAUCAUAGAUUCUUUAUCCCAAUUGUCAGGGUUGCCAGAUGAGGUUUUUGUUGGGAGCUUGUCUAGCAUUAGUUCAAAUGAAAUCACAAAAAGGGUACUUGAGUUUUUGCCUAGCUCUGAACAAGGAGACUUGUUUUGGUCCCUUAAUGGUGUUGGGUCUCCUGAUUUAGUUGUGGUUUAUGUGCCAGAAGGAUGUAAAGUUGAGGAUCCAUUGCAUUUGAGGUACAUUUCCAAUGAAGGGAGUGAUAAGGAGUCAAAGAAGUUGCCAGUUUCAAAUCCAAGGGUUUUGGUGGUGGUGGAGAAAGGAGGGGAGAUUGGAAUACUUGAAGAGUAUGUGGGUGGUGGUGAUGGGGAUUUAAGUUAUUGGACAAAUUCAGUUAUGGAAAUUGUGAUUGGGGAAGGAGCUAAAGUUACCCAUUCUUACAUUCAGACUCAAUCCAUGAGUUCUGCUCAUAUUAAAUGGACAUCCAUUCAGCAGGAAAAGUCAAGUACCUACGAACUAGUAGAAGUAAGCACUGGCGGAAGAUUAAGCCGACACAACGUCCAUGUGCAACAAGUUGGGUCAGACACAAUCACAGGAUUAUCGACAUUUCACUUGUCUGGUAGUGAUCAAACUCAAGAUUUACAUAGUAAAAUCGUUUUGGAUCAUCCACGAGGGUUUUCUAGGCAACUUCACAAGUGCAUUGUAGCUCAUUCACUUGGACAAGUCGUAUUUGAUGGGAACAUAAAGGUCAACAGAUACGCGCAGCAGACGGAUGCCGGGCAACUAACAAGGAGUCUUAUUCUUGAGCCACGUGCAACGGUUAAUGUGAAGCCGAAUCUGCAGAUAAUUGCUGAUGAUGUUAAGUGUUCUCAUGGAGCUGCAAUCUGUGAUUUGGAAGAGGACCAACUGUUUUAUCUUCAAGCAAGGGGUAUUGAUCUGCAAACGGCUAGGAAAGCGCUUAUUCUCUCGUUUGGCGCAGAGGUUAUAGACCGGUUUCCAUCAGCCGAUCUCCGAAAGAAGGUGGAACUUCAUGUAAAGAAGUUGCUGGAUCCCAAAGUCCCCUCAAAGGUUGUGUAAAUUUUGAAUUUGAAAAGCAAUUUUUGUAUGGAAUUUGUAAUCAAAAGUGGACUUUUUGAAGCAUCAAAUUUGAUGUCUAGUUGAUGAAGAAA